GCGUUGCCAAACCUCCUCCACUCUGAAGGAUUCUCCUCCAAUCGGUCCGAAGGGGAACAGUCCUCCAGAAGGGGAGAAUUGAAGGGAGCGUUGAGCGCACUCUAUGGGGAUCUGGUGUUCACGUGUGCGACCUAUCACUUCGCCAAACAAUUUGCCAAAAGUGGACAAAAUGUCUAUUUUUAUAGAUUUAAUCAGCAGAGUAAUUUCUAUGCAAACUUGGGAAUAACUGUAUGUUCAGGUGAUACCAUAUGUCACGGCGCAGACCUCCCUUAUGUGUUUGGGUCACCACUUGUUUCCCAAAAGAUGUUCACAGAAACUGAUUAUGAUUUCAGUAUUGAGAUUAUGAAGAUGUUAACGGAUUUUGCCAAAAAUGGAAAAGCACACAAUGUUUGGCCGAAACUAAUAGACAUUUCGGACGCGAAUUCAGUGCCAAAAGUGAAAGACUUGAAUCCCAACGAUAUGUCACUUGUUUUGGACAAUCCUUACGGAAGUACUUGUGAUGGCAUUUGGAGCAAUUAUUUU